UAUUAUCAACCUAGCGGCUGCAGGGUAGGGAGAAUCGGUGGGAGUUAGCUAGGUGUGUAAUGGCGGCUUCGGUGUUGCUGUCUGCGGAGAACACCGGACCGACUUUUGCGGUCGGCAAUUCUGGAGUGGUCGGGUCUCCCGGUAAUGGAGUAGGGGCACCGGGUCCUGCGUCUUGGAAUCGGUCUCUGGACAGGGCAUUAGACGAAGCCUCGGCAACUGGUUGUCUCAACCUCAGCGGCAGGAAACUGAAGGAGUUCCCGAGGAGCGUCGCCAACCACGACCUCACAGACACAACUCGGGCCGAUCUGUCCCGUAACCGUCUGCCAGAACUGCCCGUGGAGGUGUGUAUGUUUGUUUCUCUGGAACACCUUAACCUCUACCAGAACUGCCUGCGCUCACUGCCUGAGAGUCUUCUCAAUCUCCAGGCCCUCACCUACCUGAACAUAAGUCGAAACCAGUUGUCGACCCUGCCCAGCCCGGUGUGCAGUCUGCCGUUGAAGGUCCUGAUUGCCUGUAAUAACAAGCUUGUCUCCCUUCCCGAAGAGCUGGGCCAACUACUACAGCUCACAGAACUGGACGUGAGUUGUAAUGAGAUCCAGACACUCCCUCCUCAGGUUGGUCGACUGGACUCGCUGCGAGACCUUAACAUCCGCCGCAACCACCUGGCCCGCUUGCCCCCAGAGCUGUCUGAGUUGCCCCUGGUGCGUCUGGACUUCUCUUGUAACAAGGUGACAUCCAUCCCUGUGUGUUACCGCAACCUGCGCCACCUACAGAGCAUCGUGCUGGACAACAACCCACUACAGAACCCACCUGCACAGAUUUGUAUAAAGGGGAUGAUCCAUAUAUUUAAGUAUCUGAACAAUGAGGCCAGCAAGACUCCACCUGAGCUCCCAGACUACGACAGGAGACCCCUCCCCUUCGGAUCCUGUGUGGAGGAGCUAUACACUGGCCGGCCGUACGGCGCACUGGACUCUGGCUUCAACAGCGUGGACAGUGGAGACAAGAGAUGGUCAGGCAACGAGCCCACAGAUGAGUUGCCGGACCUGCCACUGCGUGUGGCAGAGAUCACCAAAGAACAGAGACAGCGGAGGGAGAGGGAGGAGCACAGGACAACUGGCUCCCAUCCUGUUACCAACGGCACAUUAGAGGGAGAGCUGGAGCAGAUAGACUUUAUAGACAGUUGUGCAGGAGAGGAGGAAGAGGAGGGUAGGAGAGGAGAAGUAGCAGAAACCAUCAGCCUCAGCUCCCAGUUCAUGGCAUACAUCGAGCGCCGCAUCACUGGAGAGAGCUCUCUAGUCAAGUCCAACUCCUCCAGAGACUCAAGGACAGACGACCCGAGGCGACACAAUUCUCUGCAGAACAGGACUGUCCAUGAUCCAACCUCUUCUACCUCUCAUAAUCAGAGAGGGUCAGGGGCUGGGGUUGGUGCAGGUCCGAGCGUGGAGCGCGUGCGGAGGAUGGCCCAGUUGGCCGCCCUGCGGUACGAGGAGGAGAGGCAGAAGCCACGCUCAGUGCAGCGGGACGCCGUCAUGACCUACGUCAAGCACAAAGUGUCUCAAAGUCCUACCAAGCUGAGUCCCACAGAGAACGAGAACGCGUACCCCUCCAGGCGUUCCACCCACACGGACGACUCGGCCCUCUUCAUGCAGGGCGAGGAUCGCUGCUCCUCCCUGUCUCCCACAGCCCUCCAAUCACCUUCUUACCCCGGCCCUGUUACUCCACCCUCCUGCUGUGGAACCGCCCAGCGGCCGGACAGCUUCUUGUUUCGCCUCAGCCAGAAGGAAGAGCAGAGGAGAGGUGAUGGUGCCGCCCCCAGGCCAGAGCCUGAAGAUGUGACCCCUACCCAGGCUCAAGGCCCUAUGGGAGAGGAGGCUGCUCUGGUGGAGCAACUGCGGAAGAACAUAGAGUCGCGUCUGAAAGUGUCCUUGCCAAGCGACCUGGGAGCAGCACUGACCGACGGGGUCGUCCUCUGCCAUCUGGCAAAUCACGUGCGGCCACGAUCCGUACCCAGCAUCCAUGUGCCCUCCCCUGCUGUGCCCAAACUGACGAUGGCCAAAUGUCGGCGGAACGUGGAGAACUUUCUGGAGGCGUGUCGCAGGAUCGGGGUUCCACAGACCCAGCUGUGCCUGCCCCUCCACAUCCUGGAGGAGAGAGGGCUCCCCCAGGUGGCCGGGACGGUGUGUGCGCUCCUGGAGCUGGCCCCGCCCAAACACACAACUUCCCCCGCCACGACCAUUACUACCCCUCUGGCCAUUUAGUGCAGCGGAGUUCCACAUUCACUCUCAUGGAUGGACAGACACAGGACCCACUCUCUCCCUCUCCGAGGGUAUGUUACAUGACUUUCCCUCUCGACCACCCCUGGCACAAGGGUGUGAAGAGAAGACACCCUAAAAAAUGCUACCCCAUUUUCCCCCAGCCUCCUCAGCCAUACAGGGGCACCCCAGCUUUCCCAGACAGGUCUUCCCCAAUGGAGAGAGAGAGAGAGAGAGAGAGGGAACACAAGUAGGUAAAAGAAAGGGUUGACUGUCUUUCCCCCAGUGUCCCCACACAGACUGCUUACGACUUGCAGCCUCUAAAGAGAGACAGACAACCGAGAUUGUUCCAGACAAACGGUCAGUUGGACGGCAAGGAAGAGGGUUCUUUUAUUGUCUAAUAUUAGUCAGUUGUCUUCUCUCACUUCUCUCUCCAUCCUCCUUUUACUGAUGUUCACCAGGGAUUGUUUUAUUUUACACCAUUACUAUUAUUAUUGCAUCUCAUUUCUCAUAUUCAUUUUACUGUCACAUGUCAGAUCCUUGCAGGUCAGCGGGGUCAGGUAGGGGGAAGGGUUCGGAGACUAGGAACUUGUCGGUUGUCUAAGUAACACAGUCAUGUGAGCAACAGUCACGUUGAUGCUGCCAACACUUACAAUGGCUGUUAUGAAAUGAACCCGUCUUCUCCAUUUUUUAUUAUGUGGUCAAAUCACAAGCUAGCUGAUUCAAAAGCGAUGCUGGAGUAGAAAGAGAGAGGGAGCUCUGGGAAUCUCUGUUUUAUUCUUUCUCACAAUGUUGUGUACAAAUAUAUACUGAGUGAACAAAACAUUAGGAACACUAUCCUAAUAUUGAGGUGAACCCCCUUUUACCCUCAGAUCAGCCUCAAUUUGUUGGGGCUGAGGGAUGCUGGCCCAUGUUGACUCCAAUGCUUCCCACAAUUGUCAAGUUAGCUGGAUGUCCUUUGGGUGGUGAACCAUUAUUGAUAAACACAGGAAACUGUUGAGCAUGAAAAACCCAGCAGUGUUGCAGUUCUUGACACUCAAAUCGGUGCGCCUGGCAUCUACUACCAUACUCAGUUCAAAGGCACAUAAAUAUUUUGUCUUGCCCAUUCACCCUCUGAAAGCCACACAUACACAAUCCAUGUCUCAAUUGUCUCAAGGUUUAAAAAUCCUUAUUUAACCUGUCUCCUUCCUUCAUUUACACUGAUUGAAGUGGAUUUAACAAGUGACAUCAAUAAGGGAUCAUAGCUUUCACCUGAUCAGUCUGUCAUGGAAAGAGGUGUUCCUGAUGUUUUGUACACAGUGUAUAUGGGUCAUUAUAUAGAAGUGGUGCAAAUUGGGGGUUGGAAAAAAAUUCACAUUUGUAUCCUAUUUUCCCCAAACUUUCUGCACACGUCUUCCAGCAUAUGUCAGGGAGAUAUGUAUACAUACACACACACACACUACUCACACUUUGUAUUGCAUAUUUGAAAUAUUUACCUUAACACUAGAUGUCAUUUCUGGAACACAGUGUAAAAGGGAGAACCAGCACAGUAGUGAUAAUUUUGAUUAACCUUAUUACACAUUCAUUUGAGAAAUGAUUUGCAUACCAAAUUAACAAAAUAACCUGUUUCAGUGUCAAUAGAGGACUCAGAUGGAUAUAAUUUGUUUUAGUAUAGACAUUGCUAUUGAGGGCUUCAACCAUUUAAAAGUAGUGAACUGGGUGUGUAUUGCUAUGGGUUCGGAGUUCAGCCAAUGAUCAGACAGCAUUGUCUUCUUCAAAUUGAAAACCAAAGACGAAAGUAAUAUCAAGGAGCCAAGACCGAUAUUUAUACCAGGACAUUGGUCCCAAGAUCCAGACCCAGUGAGUUGAGACGAUGACAAAUAAAGACCAAAUUUGUGGUCUUGAGUGUUUUAUGGGGAGGCUCAGUCUGGCUUUCAACUUACCCCUUAAAGUCGUAGUAGUGUAUUGCACAAGGUGCCAUUUUGAAAGUGGAUAGUGCAAAAGCAGUUUCUCUUGUCAUUGCAGACUUUAGAGAGCUGUCUAUGUCAGAAAUGUCCAGAUCAACUAGCCUAAGUCAGCUAAAAUAUUUUAGCAAUGUUUUUUAGACUAUUGAUUUGCAGGAAAUAGGAUUUUAAAUGGCAAAAUGUUCUCUCAGCCAACAAGAGGGGUGUGAACAGUUUGUCAGUAAUGUUCUUGUGCCACAGAUGUUCCCCAAUGCUGGAAGGGGGCCUGAGUAAAAAGUUUGGGAACCCCUGCAGUAGAGCAUAGUACAUUAUAGACGUUUAUGUUUUGGCUAAAUCGAUGCUAAUGUUUGGGGUCUUGGAUGGUUGGAUCGCCCUGCUGGAUAUGCAUCUCAAUACUCUACACUUUUUCAUAAAGUGUGGACUUGUCCCCUACCCACAUGGUGGUCCUCUUGUAGCUCAGUCGGCAGAGCAUGCCGCAUGCAACUUUAAAAUGGAGAUAGCCUCAAUGGCACUGCCCAUGCUGUCAGACGCCAUAAUGGUACAAAAACGAGACCUCUAUAUAAACAUCCCUUUUUCA